GUCCAUUUAAAAAUAAAAAUUUUAUUUCCAAGUCAAAUGAAUUUUUUACUAUAAAUGUGCAAAUUUUGAUUCAUACAAAUUAAUUUUUUUUUCUAAAAACUAAAAAAAAAAAAAAAAAAUAUGACAGUCAAAUCUAAUAAAGGAGUAAUUCUUAAGGCAAAUCCAAAAGGAACGCCUGAAGUUGAUAAAGAUUUUGAAUUGGCUCAUCGUACAAUUGAUAUUGAAAAUUUGAAUUUGGAAGAAAAUGAUUUUGUUCUUAAAAAUUUAUAUUUGUCUAUAGACCCUUAUGUUCGUAUUACUUUACAAGAACCAACAUCAUCCAGUUUGAAAUAUGAUAAAAAGAUACCAAUUGGUCAGGUUAUAAAAGGGUUGGGAGUUUCUGAAGUUGUAAAAACAAAUAAUCCUAAAUUUAAAGUUGGAGAUCUCGUUUUUGGAGCUAUUGGUUGGGAAGAAUAUUCUUAUAUCAAAUCUGAUAUUGCUUAUGCUUUUUCAUUUGUAAAUAAAGAAUUGUUAAAGGAUACACCAUUAAGUUACCACGUUAGUUUUCUUAGAUUUGGUGGAUUGACUUCUUAUGCAUCUCUUAUAGAUAUUGGAAAACCAAAAGAGGGAGAAACAAUUUAUGUUUCGACUGCUGCUGGUCUUACUGGACAACUCGUUGGUCAAAUAGCUAAAAUUAAAGGAAUGAGAGUUGUUGGGUCUACCGGAUCUGAUGAGAAAGUUGAUUUUCUUUUGAAUGAAUUAAAAUUUGAUGCUGCUUUUAAUUAUAAAAAGGUUGAUCUUGAUAAGGCGUUAUCCGAGCAUUGUCCAAACGGUAUUGAUAUUUAUUAUGAUAACGUUGGUGGAAAAGCUCUUGAAGUGGCUUUGGAGCAUUGUAAUCGACUUGCACGUGUUGUGGUUUGUGGUAUGAUAUCACAGUACAAUAUAACAAAUCCUGACGAAAGAUAUGGAAUUAAAAAUCUAAACAAUAUUGUCGCUAAUAGCAUAAAUAUCCAAGGAUUUAUGGUAACGGAUUAUAUUGGUAAAGAUAUUGAAAAAGAAUUUGAAAAAGAUAUUAUUGAAUGGAUUAAAAAUGGCAAAAUUAUUUAUAAAGAGACUGUGAUUGAUGGAGUUGAAAAUAUACCAAAAGCUUUUGUUGAUAUGUUGAAUGGUAAAAAUGUUGGUAAAUAUGUUGUAAAAAUAGCUGAUUAGUAGUA